AUGUACGGACUCAACCAGCGCUGCCUGUACAUAUCGUUUCACCUCCUCGUGCUGUGGAGCCACGCUCAGGGGGAGAGUCACCCGUCUCCUACUUUUAAGCAGUACGUGAGCGCGCAGCGCGGCGGCGCGCCGGACCCGCUGAGUCGCCGCCAGGUCCGGGUCUACCAGCUCUACAGCCGCACCAGCGGCAAGCACGUCCAGAUCCCGGGGCCCCGGGUCUCCGCCACCGCCGAGGACGGGGACGUGUUCGCUCGUCUCUUCGUGGAGACGGACACCUUUGGGAGUCGUGUGAGGAUCCGAGGAGCAGAGAGCGGUCUCUACCUGUGUGUGAGCCGGAGGGGAAAGCUGGUUGGGAAGCCCAACGGCCGGAGCAGGGACUGCAUCUUCACGGAGAUCGUCCUGGAGAACAACUACACGGCCUUCCAGAACGCCAAGCGGCGGGGCUGGUACGUGGCGUUCAGCAGGAAGGGGCGGCCCGUCAAGGCCUCCAGGACCCGGGAGAACCAGCGGGAGGUCCACUUCAUCAAGCGGCUGCACACGGGCCCGCCCCCCUUCCCCAACACCGACCAGAGCAAACACUUUGAGUUCACCCGCUUCCCGGCCGCGCAGCGAGCGAAGCGCAACAGGAAGUCGCGCGGCUCUCGCUAA